AGGGGGAAAAUGUCUUCCCAGUCAGAGAAGGAUCUCUCCUGUCCUGUCUGUCAUGACAUUUAUACAAAUCCUGUUAUCCUGACAUGCAGCCACAGCUUCUGUAAAGACUGUUUGCAGAGUUGGUGGAAAGAGAAACAAAUACGGGAGUGCCCAAUUUGUAUGGAAAGACCUUUAAUGAGUGAUCCACCUCGUAACCUGGCAUUAAAGAACCUGUGUGAGGCUUUCUUACAAGAGAGAACCCAGAUAUCUUCAGCAGGAUCUGAGCCUCUCUGCAGUCUGCACUCUGAGAGACUCAAACUUUUCUGUCUGGACCAUCAGCAGCCAGUGUGUGUCGUCUGUCUGCAUUCAGAAGCACACAACAACCACAGAUUCAGACCCAUCAAUGAGGCUGCACAGGGUCACAAAGAGGAGAUUCAGAAAUCACUGAAGCCCUUACAGGAGAAACUGAAAGUCUUUGAAGAAGUUAGAGGGAAAUGUGAUCAAACAGCAGAACACAUUAAGGUCCAGGCCAGAUACACAGAGAGGCAGAUUAAGGAGCAGUUUAAGAAACUUCACCAGUUUCUACAAGAGGAAGAGGAGGCCAGGAUCUCUGCUCUGAGGAAUGAAGAGGAGAAGAAGAGUCAAAUGAUGAAGGGGAAUAUUGAGGCUCUGAGCAGAGAGAUAGCAGCUCUUUCAGACACAAUCAGAGUCACAGAGAAGGAGCUGAAAGCUGAAGACGUCUCAUUACUGCAGAACUACAAGGCUGCAAUGGAAAGAGUUCAGCAGCGCCCCCUGCUGGAUGAUCCAGAGCUGGUCUCAGGAGCUCUGAUAGAUGCGGCCAAACACCUGGGCAAUCUGACCUACAACAUCUGGAACAACAUGAAGGAAAUAGUCUUCUACACUCCUGUGAUUCUGGAUCCAAACACUGCUCAUUCAAACCUCAUCCUGUCUGAUGAUCUGACCAGUGUGAGAUGUGGAGAGAGAGAGAAGCUUCCUGAAAACCCAGAGAGGUUUGAUUUCUACCACUCCGUCCUGGGCUCUGAGGGCUUUGACUCAGGGACUCACAGCUGGGAUGUUGAGGUUGGAGACAGUACAGACUGGUUUCUGGGUGUGGUAGCAAAGUCUGCCCAGAGAAAGGAAAGCAUAGACACACUGUAUGAAUAUUGGUGUGUGGGAUUUUCUAAUGACAAAUAUACAGCACAGUCCCCACUGGGUCACUCCACUGUUCUCUCAGAGAAGAAGAGGAAGAAGCUCAAGAGGAUCAGAGUUAAUCUGGACUGGAACAAAGGAAAACUGUCAUACUCUGAUCCUGAUAGUAAAACACACAUACACACCUUCACACACACGUUCACUGAAAGGCUGUUUCCACAAAUUAAUACAAACAAAGAAUUCCAACUUAAGAUAUUACCAAAGAAGGUCUCUGUAACAAAAGAACAGUUGUUACCAAUAGUUCUAACGCCAAAUCAGUGGUUAUCAGCCGCUGAAACAGCAGUACUGUAUGUUUUCACUGCAAGCUAA